CGCGCCGGGGCCGGCCGCCUCCACUUCCCACACACACGGCGACGGCUGCCGGGAGCCAUAAUCAUCGGCGCACGCAAGGCUGGGACGCGUGCACUGCUCGAGAUGAUGAACGUCCACCCACAGGUGAUGCGGGCCUCGCGUGAGGUCCACUUUUUCGACCGCGACAACAACUACCGGCGCGGCCUGGACUGGUACCGGCGGCGCAUGCCGCUCUCGUUCGACGACCAGAUCACUGUGGAGAAGUCUCCCAGCUACCUGGUGACACAGACGGUUCCAGAACGGGUGGCCCGCAUGAAUCAGACGAUCCGUCUACUGGUGGUGGUUCGCGAGCCAGUGGCGCGGCUCAUCUCCGACUACGCUCAGUACCUGGACAAGGGGGCUCGGGGCGGCAAGCCGCGGCUACGGCUUCCCGAGCUCGUGCUGCGCCCGAACGGCUCUGUGCGCACCGAGUCGCGCCUCGUCAAGAUCUCCAUCUACCACCGGCACGUGCGCCGCUGGCUGCAGCACUUCCCGUCGGAGGCGCUGCUCAUAGUGGAUGGUGACCGGUGGAGGGAGCCACUGCCCGAGCUGCGCCGUGUCGAGAAGCACCUCAGACUACCGCCCUACCUCAAUGAGAACCACUUCUACUUCAACGACACUAAAGGCUUCUACUGCAUUGCCAACGAUAACGGCAGUAAGUGUUUGGCUGAAUCGAAAGGGCGUAAGCACCCUCCGACCGACCCGCAGCUGGUACAAAAGCUGCGCCGCUUUUUUGCACCACACAACCGGAAGUUUUAUCGGUUGACUCAGAAGAACUACUCGUGGCCUGAGACUUAGUGGACGAUGUAAGCGAUGGCCUCAGAUGGUCC